AUGCCUAAAAAAGAUAAAAAAAAUGAAUCCGACGGGGUGCAUUUUACUGGUGACUAUACCUUGCCUAGCACUCGCGAAUCGGCGCUCGGUCAUGCCGGCAAUGCAAUAUCGAUAGCCAUUGAACCAUUUGAGCCUUUAUUCGGUAUCGUUGAUCAAGUCGUGAAGAGUUUGUAUACUAUUUAUGAAAAUGCAAAACAAAAUAAAAGAAUAUGCGAAGCUUUAAUAGAUCGUAUUGAGGUUGCUGAACAUUCUACUAAGUCUUUAAGACGUAAAAAGCAAAAGAAUGCAAAAAAAUUUUCUGACGAAAAAUAUUAUCAUGCGUGGGUAAGAUUUACCAAUGUACUAAAAAAUAUUAAAGAUUUUGCUGAAGAUGUAACACAACAAUCAAUGAUUCGAAAACAUUUAAAUGCUAAUGCCGUUAAAGAAGCAUAUGAUAAAAAUAUUAAAGAAUUUGAAGAUGUUUGCAAAGAUUUGCACUUUGCAGUUUUUAUGAUUUCGGUAGAGGAAAGAGAGCAAGAGAAUGAGCAAAUAUUAAAUGAACUUAAUUUAUUGGCACGGAUAAAUAUUUUAUCGGAACAAUUAAACUCGCAUAAAUUAAAUCCUGGCGAAAUUAAAGUUCCUUGUGUAAAAUCGUCCGAACUUACAGAUCCAAAAACCAAACCAGGCAAUGUAAGAGGAUCUGAAAGAACCAUUGUAAAAAGAAUUUACCGUGAAACAUUGCAAGUGGCAUGCAAAAAAGUUCAAGCUAUUGGGAAAAAUUUGGUAGCUGGAUCUCGGAAUAUACAGACACAGUUGGUUAUCCUCGAUUUAUUAGGAAAAUGUCCUAAUAUUAUUACUUUUUAUGGUCUUUCAAAGAUAAAUCAAAUUGAUUACAUGGUUUUUGAAUGGGCAGAACAUGGAAGUCUGAAAGAAGUUUAUGAAAAAAGUUCAAUUCCCUUACCUACGAAGUUACAAUUUAUUUCGAAUAUAUUCAAAGGUCUUUAUUUUAUAUUUAACAGUGGAGUUCUUCAUCAUGAUGUCCGAUGUGAGAACAUUUUGGUCACUGAAAUUCCUUUUCUUGAUGUAAAAAUAUCAAAUUUUGAAAUGUCACGCCAAAUUGACGGAAUAUCCACGACAAUUCCAGGUUUAAAGGAUUACGUGCGUUGGUUAGCACCUGAAAAAAUGUCAUGGGAUGAUGAUCCAGGAUUACGUAUAUCAUAUCCCGAAAUUUUAGCGCUAAUCAGUAAUUUAGAAAGAAGUGUUCAACUAAACUCCCCAAGGAUUUAUCCUAAAAACGAAACCCACGAUGAUAUUCCAGAUUCUGAAAAUAUCUCUCCUCAUUAUGAUAUUGAUCCCCAAAAAUUGCCUGAUUGGGAUGAAUGCGACCCUGGCGUACCAACAUUUUCAAUUAUCAAACCAUUCGAGGAUGGAAUUAAAGCACAUAAAAUGAAGCAAUACAAGGAAGCUUGGGAAUAUUUUAAUGAACAUGCUGAUUUAGGACUUAGCUUGGCAAAAUAUUGGAAAGGUUAUUAUCUUUUGAAAGGACUUUAUGGAAAAAAAGAUGUAAAGGAAGGUUUAGAAUUGUUAAAGUCGGCAGCAGAUGAUGGUGUUCUUGAUGCACAAUUUCGAUAUGCAAAAGGAUUAAUGGAUCUUAAUGGGAGCUCAGAAAAUUAUGAAAUUAUUUUAAAAUAUAUGAAUGAAGCCGCCGAUGGAGGAAAUGGAAAUGCUCUUUAUAACCUAAGUGAAAUUUAUUUUAAUGGAAAAUUAGGAGUGAAAAAAGAUGAAAAAAAAGGAAAUGAGUAUUUUAAAUUAGCAGCCUUGAAAAAUCCAAAGUUCAAGAAGCCAACCUAA